UUGAUUGCGUUUCGUGCUGAGCAGUUGGAUUGUAGCUUCGGUGGGAGGAGACGACGCGCGCUUGUGUGAACCGACAAAGACAGCCAAUCGGGUGAAAUCUACGACGAGAGCAGCAAUAACAACUACAGCAAUAAUAACAGCAACAUCAACAACGGGUCUCUUCUUUAAUCAGUGCUCGUCGUUACGGUAAUUCAGCGCACGCCAAAAGUGUACGAAAAAUAUAUAGUGAGAAAAUUGUAAAAUAAAUAAUGUAAAUCAUACAAAGCGAAAUGUAAAUAAAUGAGGCCAAUCCACAAAAGAGAGUCGCGAAUUAUGGCACAUGGUAUAUAAAUAUAGCAGCGGCCACAAAGGAAAGAAAAAGUGACAAACCAAAAUCAAAAUAAAAAGAACAACACAAGUUAACAGUAUUUUCGUUGUUCUCAUUGUUCUCGCUGUAUUUCGGUGUUAAUUGUGUUAAGAUCUGUGAACUUACGACAGGUCAAGUGGGGCUACCUGUGUGAACCUGUGGCGGAGACGGGACAAGAGUAGGGGGCAGUGUCGGAGUUAUGACACUGACAAUGCCACAACAUCUGUGGCACAGCCAGAGUCGGCAAAUCUGCUGGCUCAUUGCGGCACUUGUUGUCAUUGCGGGCCUAACAGUUACCGAUGCUCUGCCCUUUCUCUAUACGAAUGCCAGGGCGCCCAUCAAUUGGACUCAGCCGGAGCUGGACGACUGGCCGAUUGAGGAGCUGCCACGCAGCAUAACGCCGCAUGUGGAGCUUAAGUAUCAUCCGAAUCGGACCAACAGUGAGCCCUCCGAGAGCGAUGCCGAGUUCCUGGAGCGAUUGCGGGCACUGAAAAGAAAUCGAACCUCGGCACGAAUGUUGUGGUAUGAUGCGGCAGCUGGCGAUGGAUUAACGUAUCCUCCAUUUGUGGACAAGGCGCUCAAGUUGUUUAAUCUGAAGCAGGUGGCCUUUGAGAUUGAGAACAGUGUCCUGUCGAAGGUGUCCUGCACGGCGUGCAAGGCAGGAGCUGGUCUGCUGCAGCACUACAUCAAGUCCGGCAAAACGGAGGCGGAACUCAUGAAGAUGAUUGCCCAGUACUGCACCAAUUUAAGCAUACAGAGUCCUCGGGUCUGUGAGGGCGUCGCCCAGCUCUUUGGCAGCGAGGUCAUCUAUGUGCUGCAGCGUGUCAAUCUGGGACCGGACGAACUCUGCAGCUUCAUCAUUGGCGAUGGCUGCGGCGAUGUCUACAAUCCCUAUCACGAAUGGGAGGUGAUAUUCCCGCCGGUGCCGAAGCCUCCGCGUCUCUCUGAUCUGCCCAUGCCCUUGGAUGCGGCGCCCUUCUUCAAGGUUCUCCACAUCUCCGACACUCACUACGAUCCCCACUACGUGGAGGGCUCCAAUGCGGACUGCAAUGAGCCCCUCUGCUGCCGCCUGAGCAGCGGUCGUCCCGCCAAUCCCAAUGCAGCGGCUGGCAAGUGGGGGGAUUACCGUAAAUGCGAUACACCCAAGCGAACGGUGGAUAACAUGCUCGCCCACAUUGCCGAGACCCACAAGGACAUUGACUAUAUACUCUGGACGGGCGAUCUGCCGCCGCACGAUGUCUGGAAUCAGACGAAACAGGAGAAUCUGGAGAUCAUCAAGGAGACGGUCAAGCAAAUGACUGAGAAAUUCCCCGGCAUACCCAUCUUUCCGGCCCUGGGCAAUCAUGAGAGUGCUCCGGUGAACAGCUAUCCUCCGCCCUAUGUCAACCAGGUAGAUAUAUCCAUCAAUUGGCUCUAUGAUGAGCUCGAUGUCCAGUGGCGUCGCUGGCUGCCACAGAGUGUGUCCCACACAGUGCGACGUGGCGCCUUCUACUCGGUCCUGGUGCGUCCUGGCUUCCGCAUCAUUUCCCUCAACAUGAACUACUGCAACAACAAGAACUGGUGGCUACUUCUCAACUCCACGGAUCCCGCCACGGAGCUGCAAUGGUUCAUUUAUGAGCUGCAAAGCGCGGAGUUCUCAAAUGAGAAGGUCCAUGUCAUUGGCCACAUACCUCCAGGACAUUCGGAUUGCUUGAAGGUCUGGUCGCGUAACUUUUACAAGAUCAUCUCUCGAUAUGAGAGCACUAUCACUGCCCAGUUCUAUGGCCACACGCACUUUGAUGAGUUUGAAAUGUUCUACGAUCCGCAUGAUCUAACACAUGCCAAUAGCAUAGCCUACAUUGGACCCUCUGUGUCUCCCUACUAUGAUCUGAAUCCAGGCUAUCGCAUUUACUACGUGGAUGGUGAUCAUGAUAUGACGACGCGUUUGGUUAUUGAUCACGAGUCCUGGAUCAUGAAUCUCAAGGAGGCGAAUCUGUAUGGUUACCCGAUCUGGUAUAAGCUAUACACUGCCAGAGCUGCCUACAAUAUGAAGGCGUUGCGUCCCAGCGAUUGGGAUAAAUUGCUCAAUGAGCUGACCGACAAUCAGGAAUUGUUUGAGGCCUACUACAAAAAUUACUGGAAGAACUCACCGGCUCGGCCCACCUGCGAUGCGGAGUGCAAGAAGAGAAUGCUGUGCGAUUGCAAGAGCGGAAGAUCACAUGAUCGUCGGCAUUUCUGUGCAGAUGUCGAGUCCAAGAUCGAUGAGGGAUCUUCAAAGUCGUGGAAGUCGUGGUUCUAUCGUGGACUCACCAACUCCUAUAGCCUGCUCUCAUCUAUAACUUAUCUGCCCAAGUAUCUGCUGGGCUAUGGCUGAAAUCCAUCUCCAUUUGGACCAAGUCAAUGAGUCAACUGCAAGUCAAAGCGUAUCGAAUCAGUGCAAAUUUCAACGCCUACAUAAUAAGUUUACUAUGUGAUAAUUAGUACUUAAACUAAGUUAACUACACGUAUAUGUACUCUAUGUUUAUGUUUAUGUUUAUAUUUACGCUCUACACUUAUAUAAAUGUGUGUCCCAUAUUCCACCUCCCUGGCUCAGCAACCGACUGCCUCCAGACUCUUCAGCCCUCCAUAAUCACUGAGUCAAUGAACAAUAGUCAUUAAAUUAGUCGCGUCAUCGUCAUCAUCAUAGGUGUGGGCGAGGCAGGUGUGACAGUAGCCAGCCCAUUAGGCUGCUUGAAAAGUACUCAUCUCUGACGCCUGUUGCAUGCAACUCAAUGGAAACCAUGGAACAAAUUAUUUGGUAGUCCUUUAAACAAAUAAUUAAUUAGAUUUAAGUUAGUUUUAUUCAUAAAUAAAGUGCAAUUAACUUAAUGAGAUUA